GAUUGGCCGUGGCGCCGCUCGGUCCCGCCCGCGGCAGCAGGGUUUGGUUGAGCGCUGUUUGUGCGCUCGGGGCCGCGCCGGGAGCGACCGGAGGAGAGCCGAGGGAUCGGUGCCUUCCAAGCUCUCCAGUGGGUCCGGCAGCACCGGGGCCAUGACGAGCCGUGGGGCCGCCAGGCCCAACGGGCAGUCCCAGGCCAGUAAGAUCUGCCAGUUCAAACUGGUGCUGCUGGGAGAGUCGGCCGUGGGCAAGUCCAGCCUCGUGCUGCGCUUCGUGAAGGGGCAGUUCCACGAGUACCAGGAGAGCACCAUCGGGGCGGCGUUCCUGACCCAGUCCGUGUGCCUGGACGACACGACGGUGAAGUUCGAGAUCUGGGACACGGCGGGGCAGGAGCGGUACCACAGCCUGGCCCCCAUGUACUACCGGGGCGCCCAGGCCGCCAUCGUGGUCUACGACAUCACCAACCAGGAAACGUUCGCGCGGGCGAAGACAUGGGUGAAGGAGCUGCAGAGACAAGCCAGCCCCAGCAUCGUCAUCGCCCUGGCCGGCAACAAGGCUGACCUGGCCAGCAAACGCAUGGUGGAGUACGAGGAGGCGCAGGCGUACGCGGACGACAACAGCCUGUUGUUCAUGGAGACGUCGGCCAAGACAGCCAUGAAUGUGAACGACCUCUUCUUGGCCAUCGCCAAGAAGCUGCCAAAGAACGAGCCCCAGAGCACGAGCGGCGCCGGGGGCCGGAGCCGGGGCGUGGACCUGCACGAGCAGAGCCAGCAGAACAGGAGCCAGUGCUGUAGCAACUGAGCCAAGAUCCCACCUCCGUCCCCGUCCACGCCGCACCUCCACCCCGGCACCGAGCCCCCCGAACCAGGACCCUCCCAGAGCUCCUCUAACUGCACUUUUUAAUGCUUCGAAGCCACCACCUGGCACCCGAUCCCACCUGGCACCCGAUCCCACCACCCCACCCACCGCCCCGGAGGCAGCGGAGCCAGAUCAGCUGGGACUUAACUUCUGAGAAACAACGAACUCUUCUUCACUUUGUAUUAUAGGUGCAAAUAGCGCCCUAACGCUCGGAUUCCUCCCUCCAUCUCCCCCUCUCCCCCUCCCUCUCUGCUUUGGGAAAUCUGGGUUCCCCAAACUGCCCCCUCCUGCCCCCGCCCCGCUGUGGGGGGUCCCCGGGGGGCGGCAGCACCGACCUCAUCGCGCCGAACCGGCCGGAACCAGAGCCCUCCGGAGCCGACGGGGCUUUUCCACGGGGUCUGUCACGGAUUUCUUUGGAAUUUUUAUUAUUUUCUCCCCCCUCCUCUUUCCCGUUGGGCUGUCGGGGAGAGGGAAGCUGCAGUGUCCUUCAUUUCUUCCGAGGUGGCCUUUUUGAUGGAAGAUUGGAAGUGCCUGGGGACUUUUUUUGGGGGGGGGUCAGUGGGUUCCUGCUGGACCCCAAGUGCUGCAGGUGACCCCUCCCCAGCGCCCGCCCUCGCUCUGCUGUGCUAUGGCUCUGUGGGCCCGUCCCCACGGCCACCCCGGCUGUGGCCACCCCACAGUGGUGUCCCCACGGCCACCCCGGCUGUGGCCACCCCACAGUGGUGUCCCCUCAGUGACCCCGGCUGUGGCCACCAUGUCCCCCUGGUGAUCCCAGCUGUGGUGGCCCCCCAGGUGCCCGCAGUGAUCCCACCCCACGGGUGAUAUCCCCCCAGUGAUGCUGGUGGCCAUCCCACAGGUGACAUGACCCCAGCUGUGGCUGCCCCACGGGCGAUGUCCCCCUGCUCAUCCUGACCCGGUGAUCUUGGCCACGGCCACCCCACGGGCUGUCCCCUGCUCCCGGUGAUCCCAACCCACAUCCACGUCCCCCUGGUGCUCCCACCGAUCCCCACGGUUUGUCCUGGUCCUGGUUUGCACUUUAGUGGUGAAAUGUCCUGUUGAGACUCACCUCGGUUCUGUUCGUGUGUCUGGGGGUGCCGGGGGGGCAGCGGUGCCACCACCCUCCCCUCGUCCCUCUGCUUUUCCCUACGGAACUUCUGGAGCUGGAGGGACCCUCGGUGGUGGGGUGGGAUGGGCGAGGUCCCCCAUCCCAGGUGCUGCCACACAAGGGGACACCCCAAAAUGUGGACACCCCAAAUCAGGGACACCCCGAACUGGCAGCACCCACCUGGGCCCGGCUCCCUGCUGGCAGCGUGGGGGGCUCUGGGGACCCCUCGGGCCCGGGGGAACUGGAGGGGCCGUGGCUGUGGGGCAGAGGGACCAGUCUCAUAUGAAGCCCCCCAGCACGGGGGCAGAGCCCACAGGAUUUCAGCCCCCUCCCGCUGCCGGGGCAGCCCCCCAGGGACCCUCUGGCCACCGUUCUGGUGCUCCCAGUGCUUCAUGUCACGGCCUGGGAGCCCCCCGAGUGGGUGACACGUAUUUAACAAGGGCUGGGGACCCCAGACCCCCUCCCCAUCUUCUAGCUCAAACCCUGGACCAAAUGAGGGACACUGCAGCUUCUCUCACUCUUUUUUUUCUCUUUUUUUCUGCUUUUUCUCUUAUUAUUGUUAUUAUUUUUGCUUUGGGAAAGCUCCUCCAUCGCAGUGAAAUAACAAUCGUGGUAACAGAACUCGGCCGCUAAUUUACCGAUGUAUUUAAUGUAAGUAAAACCAAACCGAACAACAAAAACAGAAGGAAAACAAAAAAAA